GUCCUCGAAACGAAAAGGCCCGUGGAAAUGGCCAGCGUGCUUUCUAGCAGAGCUAGAUUGGUGACGUAUCUGCCGGGAUGUUGUUCUUGGGUUAGAAGGGUUGUAGCGCCCAAGGCUUUUUCCACUGCAGGCUCCUCCAGCUCAGAUGAGCCUUCUGUCGUCGCGGCGCCUCCCGACGUAGGUCCCAGAACAGUGUGGCCAGAUGAAGUAUUGGGACCUUUUGGACCUCAGGACGAGAGAUUCCGGCUACCGGGCAACAUAGGUUUCACCGUCGACCGUCACCUGCACGGUACAGCGUCUCAGAAGCCAACGCAAGUCCACAGAGGCUCGCCUGACGUUUUAGCGGAGCCUUUGGCGAGCGAAAGGCACGGGUUUGUGAUGGCUCAGUACGUCCACGAGUUCCAGAAUGCGGAUGCCCCUCAUAAACAGGAAGUCAGUAACGCAAAAGCGUACUUUGAAGCUGCCAAGGUGGAAUGUGCAAUACAAGCGUGCCCGAAACUAUUGCGCAAAGAUUUUGAGACCAUGUUCCCAGAUGUGACUUCCAGCAGCCUAACCAUACUGACAGUAACUCAGAAAACGACCAACGAUAUGACUUCCUGGAGCGAAGAAGUUGAAAGUGAGCGAGAGACUCUCAUAGAAAAUUUUAUCAACGGCGCCAAGGAAAUUUGCUACGCUUUGUCCGCUGAAGGAUACUGGGCAGAUUUCAUUGACCCGACUUCAGGACUGACGUUUUUCGGCCCUUAUACAAACCAGACCCUUUUCGAAACCGACGAACGUUAUCGCCAUUUAGGAUUCUCCAUCGAGGACCUGGGCUGUUGCAAAGUUAUUCGCCACAAUCUCUGGGGAACUCACGUGGUGGUGGGAAGCAUUUUCACCAACGCCGCACCCGACAGCCCCGUCAUGAAGAAACUGAGUGGAAGUGAAUGGCAGGGCACCGCGCAGGUGCCUUGAUUCACGCCCUGGUCGACAAACCCUGUUGGGGAAAAUCAAGAAGUGUUAAAUUACACAGCUCUGAAGUUCGAAAA